AUGGCCUCUAAGAGGACCCCUGUCGCCCGUAUUAAUCCCAGGGAGGACCCGCCCUUGGAGGACGAGCAAGGCUUCGCCACCAAAGGGUUUCUGGGAGACAUCCCUGUCCACAAGAAGGAGAUCCUGGGAGAUAUCCCUGUGCAUAAGAAAGGGUUUCUGGGAGACAUCCCUGUCCAUAAGAAAGGGUUUCUGGGAGACAUCCCUGUCCACAAAAAAGAGAUCCUGGGAGAUAACCCUGUCCAUAAGAAAGGGUUUCUGGGAGACAUCCCUGUCCAAAAAAAAGGGAUUCUGGGAGACAUCCCUGUCCAUAAGAUAGAGAUCCUGGGAGACAUCCCUUUCCAUAAGAAAGGGUUUCUGGGAGACAUCCCUGUCCAUAAGAAAGUGUUUCUGAGAGACAUCCCUGUCCAUAAGAAAGUGUUUCUGGUAGACAUCUCUGUCCACAAGAAAGAGAUCCUGGGAGACAUCCCUGUCCAUAAGAAAGAGAUCCUGGGAGACAUCCCUGUCCAUAAGGAAGAGAUCCUGGGAGACAUCCCUGUCCAUAAGAAAGAGAUCCUGGGAGACAUCCCUGUCCAUAAGAAAGAGAUCCAGGGAGACAUCCCUUUCCAUGAGAAAGGGAUUCUGGGAGACAUCCCUGUCCAUAAAAAAGGGAUUCUGGGAGACAUCCCUGUCCAUAAGAAAGGGAUUCUGAGAGACAUCCCUGUCCAUAAGAAAUAG